UGGUAGCAUUUUGUUUUUGAUGUUUUAAUAAAUAUGAUCGGAACAAUACAGUCUUAUGACCAACGACGUAGAGCUGGUUUUAUUCAAGGAAAAGAUGGUGAUUCUCUUUAUUACUUUUCGAAAUCCAGUGUGUCAGAUAACAGCCUACACAUUCAUCCUGGCGUAGAUAUUGAAUUUGAGCCGUAUGAGUAUGGAGAUAAAACAGUUGCUGUCAGAAUUCGAAGGAGUAAGUUUAAUGAACUGAACACAGCACAUCACAAAUCGCAGACUUAUUCCCAGGGUCAUUCCAGAAACAAUGAGUUAUUUUCUAAUUAUCCUGGACCUAAUGCACUUCCCCACCAUUAUAAUGCAAACCCAAAACAGAAUUCACAUGGUAUAAAAAACCAUGCCACAACAAACUAUAUGUCCAACCAUUCACAUUCAAGCAGCUAUGACCAGUCAUAUGAUAACAGCUCCAUGCCUAGAAGCAAAGAGCAUGGUGAAGGUAUGGCUUUGAAACAUACUUCUCACCACAAACCUGUACAUCAGAAAAUAGGUGGAGAGUCACAAGAUUCUUUCUAUUCCCAUGCGAAAACGGAAAGGGGUCUUAAAAAUGUAAAUAGAAUGCUACAAAAUCAAGAACAAGAUUCUUUAUAUUCCAAUGCAGAAUCUGAAAGGGGUCUUAAAAAUGUAAAUAGAAUGCUACGGAAUGAUGAACAGAAAAAUGUCCCUCUUGAAAAAAAGAUGAAUGAAAUGCAUAUCUCUCAAGCUGGUUACUCGCUUAAAAACAUUGCAUUGGUUCAACCGCUUUCAAAAGAAACAGGCCCGAAAAAUAGAGGUGAUGCAAGAGUGUAUCAAUCCAGUAUAAAACAACACUUUACGCCUGUAAAAGAAGGGAAAAGUGCUCCACAAUCGCAGCAAAAACCUCUAACAAAAGACCAGCAAAUAUUACUGACACAAAUAGAGCAAAACAAAAAACUUUUACGAGGUUUAGACCUUUCAAAGCUGCCUGACAGAGGAAAACGAAUGAAAGAUAAAAUUUCAAAUUUAGAAGCUCAAUUUACUGAGAUGCGACUGAAACAACCUGAAGAAGAAGUCAACAUCUUCAAGGAUCGAGAGGUCCCUGUGAUAAAACAGUCCUCCGAGCACAGAAGAGCUAUUCUUAUUGAUUUAACUGACGAAUCAGAUGCUGUGAGAGGUGCAGGCCAUGAAGUAAUGCCUAGGAAUCAUGUGGAUAACUAUUAUGGUGGGAGAAUGACUGCCAAUCGACUUAAUGCUGUCACAAGGGUUACCAGUGAAGCUAUUGAGUUACUACACACCUCAUUGGAGACAUGCCCUCCUGCUGCAAGUGAAGUUUCUGACCCAAAGGGCUUAAAAGUUAAACUUAUGACUCAUCAAAGGCAAGCAUUGGCUUGGUUAAUUUGGAGAGAAAAAGAAUCAAUUUCUGGCGGAAUCCUCGCAGAUGAUAUGGGACUUGGCAAAACAUUGACCAUGAUUUCACUGAUUCUCAAACAGCUUCAAAAAGCUGAUUUGGUCAAAAAAGAAGUAAAAACCGAAGUAAAAUCAGAAGUUUCCGAUGUAAAUCAAGUGGUCAAGAUAAAGGAGGAAGCUCCAUCAGAAGCAACAAAUGAAAAAGCUGUAAAAUCGGAAGUGAAAACAAAAAUAACAUCAAAAUACUUUAAUGUCAAGAAGGAAGUAAAAGAUGAAGUUUCUGAAGAUCCGAAAAAUGAAGAUGAAAUAGAAAAUUUGUUUCCAUCGAACUCCACGUUGAUCCUCGCUCCUGCAUCACUUAUCUUCCACUGGAAGAAUGAGAUUAAUAAUCGUUGUCAUAAAGAUUUGCUCAGCAUUCAUCUUUACCAUGGUAAAGAUAGAGAGAGAGAUGCAGAAAAACUUGCAGAGUUCGAUGUUGUGAUUACUACAUAUGAUGUUGUCAGACGAACUCAUCCGAAACCACCAAAACAAACGGGUUUAACCACCGACACCAAACCUGUAACUAUUGACACAAAAUCUGAUCCAUUAGAGCAUGCAUUGUUCCUUAUAAAGUGGCGGCGUGUAAUACUAGAUGAGGCACAUCAGAUCAGGAAUUUUAAAAGUCAAACUUCCAUGGCUGCUUGUGCAUUGAAUGCUCAUUCAAGAUGGGCUAUGUCUGGCACACCGGUACAGAACCAGGAAUCGGACAUGUACGCUAUGAUUAAGUUCUUACAUUGCUCACCAUUUGAUGAACAUAAGUUAUGGAAGAAUCAAGUCAGCAACAACACAACGCGUGGACAGCAGCGGUUAAAGACGCUUGUAUCAUGCCUUGUGCUGAGAAGAGAAAAGAAUCAGCGUGGAUUGGACGGAAAACCUCUCGUAAAACUUCCUGAGAGGAAAUUUGAAGUUCAUAAGUUGAAGCUGAAUGAUGUUGAACGCGAAGUGUAUGAUAAACUCAAAUCUGAAUCACAAGCUGCAUACAAGUCAUAUGAGCAUAGUAAAGAUGGCUCACACAGAACCAACCAUAUUGAAGAGAAGAAAAAAAUGUCAGCGACCACUUUGCUGGUCAUGUUGUUAAGGUUACGUCAAUGUUGCGGCCAUCUUCAUUUACUACAAGAUACUUUUGACCCUGAGUUACUACAGAAAGAGAAAGAAGAAAUCGCUGUUGAAGAUUUGUUUCAAUCAAUGAACAUUGGAGCUUCAGCCUCUUCAUUUUCAAGUGACAAAUACUCAGACAAGAGCAAAGCAAAGUAUUUUGAAAUUUCCCAACCAAGCAGUAAAAUAACUUUUGUAAUGGAUACUCUGAAGAAAUUAUCUGUUGAGAAGCCAGAUGAUAAAUGCGUGAUCAUCAGCCAAUGGACGAGCAUGCUCAACAUACUGGCACACCACUUGGCGGCAGCAAAGUUCUCGUAUGCUGUAAUAGACGGAAGUGUCAAUGCAAGGAAACGAAUGGAGCUGGUCGAUAACUUUAACAAAAAUCCAGUCAAACCAAAAAUAAUGUUGAUAUCACUACAAGCUGGUGGAGUUGGAUUAAACUUGAUUGGUGGAAAUCAUCUAUUUCUGUUGGACAUGCAUUGGAACCCAGCAUUGGAAAAGCAGGCAUUUGAUCGCAUUUACCGAGUUGGACAAAAGAAAGAAGUUUUUGUUCACAAGUUUAUCAUGGAGGAAACAGUUGAGGAACAAAUACUGCAACUGCAAGAAAGAAAACUCUCGAUUGCGAAAGCUGUGAUGGAAGGUGCUGGUGUUGAAAACAAAGUCAAACUUACUCUGGCCGACAUGAAAGUGUUGUUUGGAAUUUAAUCUUUAUCUUUAAAGCUGGAUUUUAGAUCAAUCCUAUAAGAAUUCCAUUCCGGAAGCUCAAACGAAUAUUUUAAGUAAAGGAAUGACAUUUAAACUCGGAUUGCAACAACUUUAGUUAAGCUUUGGUAACUGUAUUAACUAUUAACUUAUAGUUUUUAAAGCUCUGGUGUUAAAAACCUAAAUAUUACUUUGUUAUUGCAGUUAAACUUCUGAAAAUCAUGAAAAUUAUCAUUUGUUCACUGUUCUGUUUAUCAAAUAGGAAAUUAUUAUCACUGCCAGUUCAUUUUUAUCGCUUUUCUAUUUCUUUUCAACUUUUUUUUUGUUGAAACACUUCUUAUUUUAAUUGCUCGCUCCUUUCUUUAAAUAAAUUUCUGUAUGCGCAUCUUGAAA